AUCACUCUGACUGACACCCUCACUAGUGUGCUGACUACUGAAUUAGGGAGCUGAUUGAGACGCCCAGAUAUUUAGUUGCAUUAAUUUGUCUAUAUUUUAAUUAUUCUCUCCCUAAUCGGGACAAAGUGUCUAAACACAGAAAAACUCCUGCGGAAUCAUCCCGAGAUCCAUGUGACACAAAAUUAUAAAGAUGGCAUUAAUUAAAGAAGAGAGUGAAGACAUGAAGAUUAAAGGAGCAUUCAGUGUCAAACAUGAAGAUACCGAGACACCAACAGACCUGAUGGCGCUGAAUGAGGGAAGUCAAGAACUGAAUGAAACGGAUGACAAAGAUAAGAUUGGGAAACUGCAUGAUUUCAAAACUGAAGAAAAAUUUAUUAGUUGCUCACGGACUAAAAAGAUUUCCUCACGAACUCAAAAAACAGAAACUACAAACCUUAAUCCCAACAUGAGAAUUCACACUGGAGAGAGAACUUACACCUGCCAACAGUGUGGGAAGAGUUUCUCACGCAAUGGAGAUCUUAAGACUCACAUGAAAAUUCACAUAAAAAAUAAACAAUUAAUAUGCCCUCAGUGUGGAAAGAGUUUUACACAGAAAAAAUACCUCACUGUCCACAUGAGAACUCACACCAGAGAGAAGUCGUUCACCUGCCCUCAGUGUGGAAAGAGUUUCUCAUGUAAAGAAAGACUUAAGAAUCACAUGAAAGUUCACACUGGAGAGAAGCUGUUCACCUGCUCUCAGUGUGGAAAGAGUUUCACGUUUAAAGGAAGACUUCAGACUCACAUGAGAGUUCACAAUGGAGAGAAGCCGUUCACCUGCGAACUAUGUGGAAAGAGUUUUACACAGAAAAGAUACCUCACUGUCCACAUGAGAGUUCACACUGGAGAGAAGCCGUUCAUCUGCCCUCAGUGUGGAAAGAGUUUCACGUGUAAAGAAAGACUUAAGAUUCACAUGAGAGAUCACACUGGAGAGAAGCCUUUUACCUGCCCUCAGUGUGGAAAGAGUUUCACGUAUAAAGGAAAACUUAAUGUUCACAUGAGAGAUCACACUGGAGAGAAGCCUUUCACCUGCCCUCAGUGUGGAAAGAGUUUCACGUAUAAAGGAAAACUUAAUAUUCACAUGAGAAUUCACACUGGAGAGAAGCCAUUUGCAUGUGAUAAGUGUGGAAAGAGUUUUACACAGAAAAAUGGCCUUAAUAUCCACAUGAGAAUUCACACUGGAGAGAAACCUUUCACCUGCAAACUGUGUGGGAAGAGUUUCUCAUUUAGUAACGGUCUUAAGGUUCACAUGAUAAAUCAUAAUGAAAAGAAGCCAUUAAUCUGCCCUCAGUGUGGAAAGAGUUUUAUGCAGAUACACUGCCUUAAAACCCACAUGAUCAUUCACACUGGAGAGAAACCUUAUACUUGCCCUCAGUGUGGAAAAUGUUUCAGGCACAAAGGAAGCCUUAAGGGUCACAUUAGAAUUCACACUGGAGAGAAACCUUUCACCUGCGAACUGUGUGAAAAGGGUUUCUCAUUUAGUAACGGUCUUAAGGUUCACAUGAGAACUCACACCGGAGAGAAGCCAUUUGUAUGUGUUCAGUGUGGAAGGAGUUUUACGGAGAACAAACUCCUUAAUGCCCACAUGCGAAUUCACACUGGAGAGAGUCCUUUCACCUGUGAACUGUGUGGGAAGGGCUUCAGGGACAAAGGAAGCCUUAAGGGUCACACUAGAAUUCACACUGGAGAGAAACCUUUCACCUGCAAACUGUGUGGGAAGAGUUUCUCAUUUGGUAGCAAUCUUAAGGUUCACAUGAGAACCCACACUGGAGAAAAGCCAUUUGUAUGUGAUCAGUGUGGAAGAAGUUUUAUGGAGAAAAAACUCCUUAAUGUCCAUAUGGGAAUUCACACUGGAGAGAGUCCUUUCACCUGCGAGCUGUGUGGGAAGGCUUUCCCACAAAAAGAAAAGCUUAAAAAACACAUUAAAAUUCACUAAACUUUUUUUUUUUUUAAAUUGUCAUUAGUGCAAAUAGACAGGAAUCAACUUAAGCAUCAUUCAAAAUCUGAAAAAAAGCCUUUUAUGUGCCAUCACAAUGGAAGUAAUUACGCAAAGCUUGAGAGUCACACUGGAGAGAGACAUUACUAGAGUCUUCAGUUUGUCAAAGAAGCUUGAAAUGCCAUUUGUGAACUUGGGUAAGAAAUUACAGUUUUCCCCAGAGUGACGAGGUUUAGAAAAAGGAGCAAUUUCUAUAAUCAUCUGUGUAUUCUUUCUCAAAGACAAUUCAGUUGUACUCAAUAUUUUUUGCAUUCACAUUUAAAUACACAGUGUAAAGUCAUGAUACCCUUUUUGUGUUCUUUGUUAAAGCAUAUAAUAAGAAACAGACUGACACCACGACUACUACUUUUACUUGCAUUCUUGACCUCUUUAUGCUUACCUAUGAGGCUUUUUAUUUUCUUUUGUCCACAUGUACUCCUGUGGCUAGUAAGGAUGGGACGUUACACCUACCUCCCGAUCCGAUACUAUCAUAAUACUUGGGUGCCAAUACAAUAUGUAUUGUGAUAUAUUUAUUUUUUUAGAAAGCUUGAUUCUACAUGUUUUGUAGUUUUCCUCUGCCUUGUAUAUACACAAAUCUGGCGAAACACUGAAGUAAAGCAGCGCCGCCAUUACUGCGUGCCUUGCUGCAGAAGUAGCGUGUUGGUAGCAGCUGUUAGCUGUACGAAAAGUUAUUUUUGAGUUUUUUUUAGUAGGUAUGCUGUCCAGUGAUACCGGGAAGAGCGUGUUGUGUGGUUGACCGUUUUAACAACAACACAAAACUACAGGCCUGGAAUAAAUCAGUUUGUGAAAUUUGCGAACCUUUGUUCCACAUUGACUGCCCAUGUUUAUGACCAUACGGAUUACACAGAGCUCCUGAUCAAGCGGAAGAGUAUUUAUUGUUUGAAUUUUUUAAUAAAAUUGACACAAACUGAGACCUGAGACUUUUUUUCUAUCAUAAGUAACCUGCUCUGUCUAGCCUGUCGGUCUCCUUGUCCUCUUUGCGAUUUUUCUGUGCAUGAGAAAACGCAUGUGAGAGCAUCUGAAGAGCAUCAAUUGCGUGUGUCUCACAUUUUAUUGCAUUUGUAUUAGUCGUUUGAAGAGGAAAAACAAAUUCAGUGGGUCUUUUACAAACGCAAUUACAAUCGGAAAAUCGGUCUGACUAAAAGGGGAAAAAAUAAUUAAUUUGGUCGGUCCUAAAUUGACAGGGUCGGUCGGGUUAUGGCAAACAAGAAUAUUUUUAAGGAUGGCAUAAUAAGUUAGUUAUUUGAAACUUGUGAAGCUUGUGAACAUAUUAGCAACACAGCUAGUAAUGACAGCGUUCAAUUUUAUUGUUGUCAUCAGUUAAUACACUUCUUAACUACAUUACAUAUUUUUACAUUAUUACAUUGUGUUGUCAAUAAAUUACCUUUAUCAGUAAGUUUUGGCCACUGCCUGGCAUUAUCUACCCAAUGUUCCCUUUCACCAGACAUUUUUUGUAAUGAGCAGGAUCCGCUUUCAUUGAAAUGUCAUUAGAGGGCACCGGCAAGUGUCACACACUUCGCAGGCAUGCAGUAAUGGCGGCAGUUCAAGAUGGCGGCGCCCAUAGGGUUCACAGCGGAUUGUAUAAACAAGAAAUAAUAUAAUGUAUUAAAUGUUAC